UAUGGCUGUCGCUAUGUUUGUUGUAUCAAUUUGUAUGUCAAUUAUUAAUUAACCCUUGUUAAUAAUGGCCUGUUGAUUAUUAAAAAGCAGAGCUUGGUGUGACUACUAUCGAUGUACAGUAUAGUGUACGCGUGAAUAAUGGCUGCCGGCGGCGAAGAUCUGUGGCGCGAGUGCGCGUCCUGGCUUACAAGAUGUGGCUUAUUACGGCCCGAUCAUAAGUCAAAUUGGGACUCGAGUUCCAUACACGAUCUGGCAUAUACUUUACGAGAUGGUGUACUUCUAUGUAAUCUUUUAAACGUACUGCAUCCUGGAUGUGUCGAUAUGAAAGACGUCAAUCAGCGCCCACAGAUGGCCCAGUUCCUUUGCAUGCGAAAUAUAAAAGUAUUUUUACGAACAUGCCAUGAAGUGUUUGAACUCAGAGAGACAGACUUGUUUGACCCGUCUAUGCUAUUCGAUUUGUCCAACUUUCAUAGAGUUUUGUGUACACUUGCGAAGCUUAGUCAGUGCCCAAAGGCAAUAGCAAGAAAUGUUCAACCAUUUUCCGCUAGGAGGACACAAUCCGAAGAGGAUAUUUACAGAGAUCUACAGGCUGUCGCAAACCAAGCAACGGAUUUACCGCCUCCCUACGAAGUGGUAUCAUACGAAGAACACUCGAAUGCUAUGGAGGUACCGUGGAUACAGUUCACGAUACCGAGCGUCACGUGCGAGGAUCGAGUGGAGGAGAUAUACGAGGACCUCUGCUAUGUCAAGUUCACCUCCGACAUGCCUGAGCUAGCGACGUCGUCGCACAGCCUAGAAAAGAGAGACUAUGUUAUUAGAGAACUGGUCGACACGGAGUGCAAUUACGUGGACGUGCUUAGUAAAAUAAUUAAAUACUUCCUGAGGCCGUUGACGCCUUAUUUGAAACCCCAGGAUAUGCAAGUCAUAUUUUUUGGUGUCAAGGAUUUACACGACAUUCACUCAGGAUUAUUGAGACAGUUACGUCUCGCGACAGAGAAUUGUGUGCCGGGGAACGGCGCCCCGAGACUGGCGGACGUGUUCCUAGCGUGGAGGGAGAGAUUGCUCCUGUACGGGGAUUACUGUUCCAAUCUCACAAAUGCCCAAGACACGCUCAAGGCACUCGACGCGAGAGACUCUACGUUCAGCAAACAACUCGCAAAAUGUCAAAAAGAGCACAGCGACGGUCGCAUCCAGCUUCGAGACAUCCUGUCAGUGCCGAUGCAGAGAGUGCUCAAGUACCACCUGCUGUUGGACAAACUCGUACAUGAAACACAACCGAACCAUGAAGAGUUCCGUGGCUUGGAGCGCGCUAAGGAGGCGAUGGUGGACGUGGCGCAGUACAUCAACGAGGUGAAGAGAGACAGCGAAGUGCUGACGCUGCUGUCUAAGGUUCAGGAGAGCAUCAUCGACUGGGAGGCGGGCGCGCUGGGCGCGGGCGGCGCGGGGCUGGCGGCGUACGGGCGCCUGCUGCUGGACGGCGAGCUCAAGGUCAAGGCGCACGAGGACCAGAAGCUGCGCUCGCGAUACGUCUUCGUGUUCGACAAGCUCAUGCUGCUCUGCAAGCCCGUCAAGGACAACCAGUACUCGUACCGCACGGGCAUCCGGCUGGCGGAGUACCGCGUGGAGGAGGGCGGCGGGCGGCGCGCGCUGCGGGGCGACGCGCGCUGGACGGCGCACUUCUACCUCGUGCGCCGCUCCAAGGACUCCACCUUCACGCUGUACGCGCGCACCGACGACUGCCGCCGGAAGUGGCUCAAGGCCAUCAAGGACGCCAUAGACAACUUGGAGCCCCCUGGAUGUCGAAGCACGAACCACAAAUUCGUCCUGCACACGUUCCAGAAGCCCGCGACGUGUCAUCACUGUUCGAAAUUUCUCAAGGGCAGAAUAUUCCAGGGCUACCUGUGCUCGGUGUGCAACGCGUGCGCGCACAAGGACUGCAUCGCGCUGUCGGGGCGCUGCGGGGGCGGGCUGGCGCCGGCGCCGCCGCUGCCGCCGCACGCGCACCAGCCCGACACCGCGCUGCACUACUACAUGUGGUACGUGGGCGAGAUGGGUCGCGAGACGGCGACGGCGCGGCUGGAGCGGCGCGUGGACGGCACGUUCCUGCUGCGCGUGCGGCCGCGCGCCGUGCAGAGCGCGCCGCCGCCCUCGCACAACGACACGCACUACGCGCUCUCGCUCAAAACGGACAACACCGUGAAACACAUGCGAGUGUGCCGCAAGCCCAUCGACCAGGUGCCGCACUACUUCCUCUCCGAGUCGCGGUUCUUCCGCAGCAUCGUUGAACUGAUCUCCUACUACGAAAAGACCAGCCUCUCUGAGAAUUUUGUUGGGCUAAACUCCAACCUACGAUGGCCAUUCCGGCGAGUAGUGGCAACGGUCAUCCAUGAUUUUCGUCCGCUGGAGGCGUCGCAACUGGCGCUGCGACCCGGGGCCAAGGUGCUCGUGCUCAGCAAGGAGGGGGACAGUCGGGGGUGGUGGAAAGGUCGCACGCUCGACAAGGGCGACAACAGAUCCGGCUACUUCCCCAAGGAGUGCGUGCGCGAGGAGCCCGAGUGCAUCGGCGCGCUGGACUGAUGUCAGCUGUGCGUCGCCGAGCGCGAGCGGCCCGCGCCCUCCGCGCCGCCCGCGCCCUGCGACCUCGACGAGCACGACCACGGCGACCUCGUGUGAGCGGCGCCACCGCUGCUUGCAACUUUACCAGUUCUAUAUUAAACAGAGAUCCCAGUUACGGAGAGGCAAAAUUCUACAUAAUCAUUAUAUCACUUAGCGAAUGAACAGCACUACGAAAUAAUUUCCAACAUAACAGCUGACAGGAUAUUUCACAGGAAACUAAAAAUUAUAUUCGACUUCGACUAAUUUUGCAAAGUCGACAUCUAUACGUAGAGGCGUAUAGUAAAUUAAUUUAUUGUCUAGAUAAAUUAAUUAUGAUAAUAUAUUCAAAGUAAACUUAAGGUGAAGUGCGAAUCUGUGCUGAUUAUAAAAUUUACGAAGUACGAAUCGAACAAAACUAUGUAUGGAAUAAGUGUUACUUGUUGUGCUAAUAUGAUAAAAUGUGCUUUAAAUACUCGUGCUUUACUAUAUAGAAUUCUAUUUCAAAUGUACAAGGGACGAUUGUCCUUUAAUUUAUAAAGAAAUCUAUUAAACAUUGCACGUGCAAUACAAGAAAUUUUAUGUAAGAAUUGCACGGUGGAGUUUAAGUCUGUAUCAAAUAUAUCUUAGCAAGCGACAUGUUUGCCGGGGAUAUAUGUUAUUGUUGAUGUUCUAGAAGCGAGUCAAAUGUAUAUUUAUUUUUGUGAACUAUGUAAGUUAUUUUUUCAAGUCAUAGAUAAUACUUAGAUAGAUAUAAAAAAAUGUUACAAUCAUAUCUCGUCAAUGCAAUUUCAAUGCACCUUUCAUUGCUUAAGAGUACGAAUUCUCUAACUUAUCUACUGUAGUUAAAUGUUAAAGUCGGAGUACUAUGGAAUUGUAUGUCUAAAAUUUAUAAAAUAUAAUAUUUGACGUAUUAGAAAAUAUACAAAGUGAGUUUACUUGAUAUGCAUAGUUUAUGUUUAAACAACAUACUAUGAUACAAUCUACUUAUUAUAUGAUAUAAUCAUAUAGAAAUUAAAUAUGUGUAUUGCAAAUAUAUAAUAUAUAUGCAUAAGUAAAUUUACUAUCUUAAUAUUUUCAAGCAUUAGCGAUUUGAUUAAUCGCGUAUUGGUACGAAAGUGAAGCGUAAAAUGAAUGCUAGGCUCAAAAGCAUAUUGGAACUAAACUAUUUAAUAUUAAGAAGAAAAGACUCAUUAUGUUAUUAACAACCAUAUCAUAUUUUUUCAGGCCCAUUAGAACUAGUUUUUAUUCUGGUACGAACAUAUUAGUCGCAAUAAUAACAAAUAAUGCGUCCUAUAGCGCAAAAUCAUUAAUUCAAGUAUAGAAAACUAUCAAUAGUUAAAUACAAAAUUAUAAAAAUAUCUAUAAAAAAUAUCGGUUUACAGUGUACCGCAACAAAACAUUUGGUAUGAAAUCCCAAAGAUUGGUUUAUAGAUCGAUCUAUUGGUAGAGAGCUCUCUUCUAUACGUUUUAUUUUUGAAAUGACAUUAUUUUUAACAAUUUUUAAACACUUUUUAAUUUUCUCUUUGUUAACAGAAAUUUAAAAUAUAAUUCUCUCAUUGCUCAAAAUGAUAUCUGACAUUGAAACACAAUAUCAAAACAAGAUAUAACUGCCAUUUUAUUUUUAAAUCAUUCUACUUGAACAAAUUCAUUUUGUAUAUGAUAGUAGUUUUAGUUUUUUAAGACUAUUUUUUAAUUGAAUGGUACCAAUAAUAUUUUAUUUAAAUUGUUAUAAAGUGAGAAUGAGUGCCAAACUGUAAAAAGUGAAACAUACAUUUUAUUACACAUUCAAUUAUAUAAAUAUAGUUAUAUAUCUAUACGUAAAAAACUAAAUUAAAAUUGCUAUCAAUAUAACUCCUAUUUAUUUUAAACUGUCGUUUAAGAAAUAUAUAUAUAUUUUUUACUUUACGAUAUUUUAGAGAGGUCGCCCAUUACAGUAUUUUAGCUAUACAUUCCAAGACAAUUAAAAAAUAAAUAUAAAAUAAUAUAAAUCCAAUUAAAUAUUUACUGAUAAUAUUCAUCUCCUUAUAUGAUAUUUGUAUUCUUAUUGAUGAGUUGAGAAUGCAUUUAACAUUGCAUAACAUAUAUGAACAAAUACAAUUUAUAAAAUAUUUGACAUAGUCAUGACACUUUAUUAAGUUAAGCUUUUUUUAAAGAUCGCUCGAUAAUUUUAUCAAAGGUGUACUAAGAUUAUGUUAAAAGUGGCAGUACAUUACAUUAGGACUUUGCAGUUAUAGCUCAGAUGUAUGUAUCGUAUUUAUUUUAAUUAGUCUUCAUUGACAGAGUAAUCCAAGUAUGAAUGUCAAUCUUUCUUAUUUGCAAUUUUACCUGCUUAUAUAUUAACAAUAAAUAAACAGAUAAAAUAGUAAAUAAUGUGUUAUACAGUUAAUUAAUAUGAAUGAAAGUAAUAAAUGAGCUUACUUUGGAAAUAUUGUAAUAUACAUACUCAUAUUAUAUGUUCGCCUAAGUUCAGCGUAAAAUUUGAUUUUUAUAAAUUUAAAUAAAAUUAAAAGCGCUACUUGAUAAAAGUUAAUUGGCAAUAUUUGUAGUAUCAAAAAAGAAACAUAUUUUUUUGGAAUUAACUUAAGUUAUGUGAAAAAAAAAUAUAUAAUUAUAUACACUUGCAAAUGCAAUUCUUCUAAAUACCACAAACAACUAUUUUAGUGUAAACAAACCAUUAUAAUUGACCCACCAAUGUCUUAUAUAUUUAAGUUUAAUGUUGAACCCAGUUACGAUUAAAGAAUAAUAUAAUUUAACAAUAGCAUUUAUAAUAUUAUAUUGUAAAUAUUAUAUGUAUAAUCAAAUGUAAAUGGAAAUUGCUAAAACCACACUGCUUUGAAUGAUUCCACGUGAAUAUUGUUAAUAAUGAUAAGAGUAAUACUUACUUUUAGAUUAAAUGUUUCCAAAUGAGACAAAGAUCUUGUCUUCGUGUAUCAAAUAUUCUGACUAGUUAGGUAACAUUAAUGGAUUAUUUAUAACUUUUUGACUAACUUUAAUAAUGCAUAAUAAAUAUUAUCUAUUUGUGCAUUACGAAAGUUAGGAAAGAAUAUAAAAUCUAGUCCGUCUAAUAUUACUCACUCACUAAGUUACUAUAACUAUUAAAAUAUAGGAGAGAAUGAAAAUUCUAUUAAAAAAUGCAGUACUUUAUAAUGAAAUAAUAAAUGAGUAAUAAUUUGAUGUUCUUCUGACUUAGAAAUGAAAAUCAUAUUAAUAAAAUUAAAAAAAAAACAUAUGUACCUAUUAAUCAAAACUUGCAUCGUGCGAAUAUUUUAUAUCUGAUAAAAUAUGAAGCAUAUAUGCAUAAACUUGUGUAUGUAUUCGUGAAGAAUUAUGUAAAUAAUAAAAAAAUAUUAUUAAUAAAUGGACGUGAUAUCGGAUAUGUGGUACAGAGUUUGUUAUGAAGCGAAAUGAUAUUGGUAUAGUCGUAGAAAAUAUAAUGUUGUGUCUAUGUAUAGAUGUAUAUUUUUAAUACACGACUCUUGGUUAUUUAUCCGGAUAGCAUGAUUUUGUGUAAAAAUAUAAAAUAGUUCAGGAUUUUAAUUUGCUUUUUAUUCAAAACUUUAAUAUUGAAAAUAUAAUACAUUUUAUAUGUGAUUUCAAGCACGUAAAAUGUAAGAUUUAGUAUAAUAGAGAAUAGACAAAUUAUGUAUACUUUUCUUAUAAUGGCAAUAUCUAUGAUUACCACAAUCAUCAUUUCAAUAAUUCACCCGCCUGUCUUCCUGUUAAUGUGUUAUAUAUAAAAUAUAAAUGCAAAAUCAAAAUAAACAGUAUAUUAUUAUUAUAUCGUGCCAAAUUAUAAAAAAAAUAAUCACUCAUGAUCUCUUGAAUGUGCUAAUAUAAUUUGAUAACUAUAUACUGAAUAUCAAAUUCCAUGUACAAUUAUAGCUUUUGAAUACUUAUUAUAUUAAAUUAAUCUAUUUUCCUGUAUAAUGUAUUGUAGUAAAUCUUAUAAUGUACCUAACGUAGAUCGUUUUUAUGUUUCUAUAAAAUAAAUUAGACUAUUCCAAGAGUCUAUUUUAAAGUUUACAAAUAUUUACAAUAUAAAAAUGAAGUUAUAUAGAUGGCAAUGGAACAGACUAGGAAAAUGUAUACUUAAAAAUUAAUUGUACAAAAAUGUUCGUAAAUGGUAUUUAGAAUGACUGUGUGAAUUUUAAACAGUCAUAGAUCACAUCGCCGUAAUGCAAAACGGUUUAUUAGCAUUAUUUACUAUUGUUUGAUAUUCAUGAAUUUGAAAGGGUUAUUUAUAAUAAUUUUAAUUAUAAUUAAAUAUAUUUGUCUCUCUUCGUACGGACGCAAUGCUUGAAAUAAUUGUUGGUGCUAACAUUAUUUUGUGUUCAGUACGCUUUUUAUUUAGUAGACGAGCCGCACCCGUGAAGCUGCUGUAGUGUAAAUGUAUUUUGAUAUUAUUUAUGUUCACGUUUGUAAAUAUAUUAUGUAUACAGAAAUCGCAUAUCUCAUUGUUCUGUAGUUAAAUAAGGUGCCACAAUAAAUACAAAGUUGGAGAAU